GAUAUUAGAGGGACACGUUCACGUGAAAGAGUGUCAACUUUUAUUUAUAUUUUGGUUUGUUGCCCAUAUAACUUUCAUUCUCUAGAUUUAUGAGCUGAGGGGUGGUUUCUUAUAAAAAGGCUCAGUCAUCAUGUUUAAUGCAGCGGUGGGAGGAAACAGUCAACCGGGAGAGGUCCGGUGGUGCCACCAAGUGGUUUUUGUCUUUGAUGAUGAACGAGACAGAUCCUUUCUUCCCAGAAAGCUGUGAGAACUCUGGUCUGACGGGAGCGCUCAUUGUCCUCAGCAGAAGAUAAUUAAGUGGAGUGUUUUCAUAUCAGUUCACUGGAUUAUAACUUUCUGCUUUGUCUGUUUUCUUUGUUGGAGUCUGGGAUCUGAAACAAACCCCGCAGAAAACCCUUUGUUUUCCAGGAGAGUCAUCUUUUUUUUCUGUCAUGCUCUCUUGCCGCUUUGUUGUUGUGUUCAUUUUAUUUUUCGCAGCUGGCCACAGUACCACAGUAUAUGACAGCUACAAUGACUUUACAGAGGAAGAUCACACCCCUCAACUAGACUACAAAAACCCUCACUGGUGUCACACUCCACGUCUGACCAAUGGGGAGGUGACAUGCCGCUCUCCCCGAGGAGGAGGCCACAGGAGCACGUUGGGUACCAUCUGUGAGAUGAGCUGCGACAGAGGAUACCGACUGCUGGGAAGGAGCGCCAUCCAGUGCCUUGCCAACCGCCGCUGGUCUGGGACCUCUUACUGCCGCUUGAUGCGUUGCCAUGUGCUGAACCUUAUCCCACACGGCAGAUACACCUGCACUCGUGGCUUCGUGGUAGACUCCAGGUGUGAGUUCACCUGCGACCCAGGCUACCGCAUCGAGGGCGAACACUCACGCACCUGUCAGCACAGGGGAUCGUGGAGUGGAGUGCAGCCACUUUGUUCAGAUACUGAUCCUCCAAAGAUCAAAUGUCCCCCGUCCAGACUCAAGGUCGCCGAGCCAGGAAAGCUCACUGCCAGGGUAACCUGGGACCUCCCCACUGCUACAGAUACUGCGGAUAAGUCACUCGAGGUCAUAUUAGUGGGCCAGGAGCCAGACACCGACUUUAAGGAAGGAGUAAAUAUCAUCCGAUACAAAGUGUACGAUCAAGCCAGGAACAGAGCUGCCUGCAAGUUUAUUGUCCGUGUUGAGGUGAGAAGAUGUCCGACACUACCUCCACCUAUGCAUGGUUACCUCACCUGCUCUUCUGAUGGGAAUAACUACGGUGCAACAUGUGAAUACCACUGUGAUGGAGGAUAUGAGCUGAGGGGGGUGUCUAGUCGCGUCUGCCAGUUCAACCGCAACUGGGGCGGAAGUCCUGCUGAGUGUGUUCCGAUGGAGAUUAAAUCAGAUGUAAAGACAACCUCGGCUCUCCUGGAUCAGUUCUAUGAAAAGAGGAGGCUGCUGAUCGUGUCUGCACCCAACAUAUCUGACCCAGACUACCAGCUGCACAACAUCAUGAUUCAAAAAUCAGACUGUGGAUUAGACUUGCGACAUGUAACCGUGAUCGAGCUCCUGGGCUCUCCGCCUCGUGAGACGGGCCGCAUUAAAGAACUUCUUCUCAAUCCUGAGGUCAUUGAGGGUUUGAGACAGGCUUUCAGAAUCUCCAGGUCCUACUUCAGCAUGGUGCUGCUGGACAAGCUUGGACAGGACCGAGAGCGCUUCAUCUACCCGAUGGCGUCGGAUGAGCUGUUCUCCUACAUCGACAGCUUCCUGCUGGACGAAGAGGAACGAGAGAGGCUCGAGCUCCAUAGAGACUUCUGUGACUAAUGUAAUAAACCCUCUCUGGUUGCCACAGUGAUAAACUCAUCAGUAUCACCAUCACAAGACAAGGUGGGACAAACAACCAGGAGCUAGGUCCAGAGGAACAUUAGGGAGGGAAAAGAGGACAAGAGGGCAGUUCCUUGUGUUUAAAUGUGAUCAUUACACAACACUGAAGUGAUAGCGCUGUUUUCUCAGCUGAGGGGCAUGGAGGCCACCGUGGAUACAGAAAACAUAGCAGACAAGUUUUAGGGAGAAACAAAACAAAUGCAGAUUAUCCAAAAAAACCCCUGUUAGUAACCUGAUAUUUAAUGAGAACUUAAACACCUAAAAUUAUAACAAACAACCACUGCCACAAAAGACUACUGAGGAACACUUGAGUGGACAGAUACAUUUAAAAAUCCAGGUGGUAAUUAAGUGUAAUACAGAGCUGAGACAAUCAAGCAUGUCCUGGGUUUUACUGGGCAACCUUGAGGGUAAACAUGACUCUGAUCACACUACAAUGAGAGAAAAGACAAAUGUAAUAAUUUCAAACAAAGCUUUUUAUUCAACUUAUAUAUAAAUAUAAUUUUACAUUAUAGUAUUUAUCUAAAAUAUGGUGGUAUGGAUUAAACUAAGCACAAUUUGUUGGAUGCAACACCAGAAAUUCUGUAUUAUAGUUACAGUAUUACAGUUUAUAAUGAAUUAUUUCCCAACCUCAGUGUAAAUUUGUACACAACUAUAGAGAAAAGGGCGACACAUUAGUGACACUGUUUCUGUGCUAAGUGCUGUGCAUGAUUUUUAAUUGCGAUAAUACAUACAGCCUGAAUUUUUAAAAUCAUAAAAUGACUGUGUCAGUGCUCUUAAAAUAAAGAGUUUAGUGUUGGCACAUUUUAAACAGUAACACCAGUCUGCAGUCUGGGGGUUGGGGGCUGCUCUCACACAGGGAGGCAGGCGUGAGCAGAUGUUUAGAGUUCAGCAGGCCAGUAAACUGUGAGUCUGUGUUUCUGGUCUGAUGAACCUGCAAAAUAAAAUGAAUCCACAAUCUCA